GCGACGCAACUUGUGUUCUUAAGUGGCUUGCAACCCGAGCCUUGCCCUCCCUGGUGUGAUGUCCAAAGCUUUGACUGCUUGUCCCACAACAAGGUCGACAUUGAUGUUUUAAGGCUUUAAGGCUGUGGUGACCCUGCGCACCCACCCACCCCGACCUAAUAUUCAUUAAUACCUUAUAAAUGUCGCUCCACCCGCCAACUCCGUGAAAAUGGCGUCUUUCUUUGCCCCGAUAGUCCUCAUUUUGGGCCUGUUCGCGCCUUUCAUUUCCGGGCAGACUGCUACUAGUAGUCGAAGCGCCGCUUCUAUCACUAGUCCCUCUGCCCCUGACCGCAGCGCAGAAGGAUCUCAAAUAUGUUAUGGUCGAGGCGGGAUUUGUGAUGCCAGGAGGGAAUUCGGUGAUGAAUGUCAACGGGAGCAGGAAGCUCAUGGAACUGAUGGAUACUACAAGUGCAUUUGCACAUCGGGGUAUGCUGAAGUUAUUAAGGCGUGCGAUAACUGCCUGUUAUUCUACGGCCUCAUCUCAAGUAGGAUCAACAACUACACCGUGACAUGUUCAAGCAAGAGCUACACCCUCGCGCCCAUCCCUAGCGGCCUGCUUGCGCAGCAGUCGUCGUACAAUGCCACACGAGUGACGGCAGCAUUGACGAGCGAAGCACCAACGUACGUGGUGACCAUCGACGCAAUGCAGACCGCACCGCUGCCAACUGUCGCUACCACCUUCGUUCUACCACUGGCAACCGGGCCAGGAUCACGCCCGUCAGCACACUCAGGACUUCUGGGGGUGUUGCCAAUUCUAGGAAUAUUGUUGGGGCUCUGGUUAUAGGCGAGGGGAAAUGGAAGGAAUGUGCCCAGUUCGGCGAGAAGUGUUGCAAGAUGCGGAAGUCGAGCUGCUAGGGCUGGGAAAAGGGGGCUGUGGGAAAAAGGGGUUGUACCCUAGGUGCCCGUUCAUCCCUUUUAUUCCAGAUUUUAACACAACGUUAAGGAGUGCACUGUCAUCAGGAGACCUUGGAGCAGAUCUCAGUAUCAUCACUAGAUGCGAUCCGCUUAACGUUUAAACUGAAGCAAGCCAAUAUUCGCAUUUGUGUUCUCG